AUGGGACCUCCGCUCCUCCCCACGCCGCUCUUCCUCCUCCUCCUCCUCCCCGCCGGCUCCAACACCGCCGCCGCCGCGGGGGACGGCUGCAGCGUGGGCACGGGCUGCGACCUCGCGCUGGGCUCCUACCUCGUGGGCACGGACCAGAACGCCACUUACAUCGGCCAGCUCUUCGGGCUCGGGGACAACUACCGCCUUCUCCAACCCUACAACCCCGGGCGGCCCAACCUCGACUACAUCCUCGUCGGGGACCGCGUCAACGUCUCCUUCGCCUGCCGCUGCCUCGCGCGGCCCACCGACCCGGCCGCCACCUACCUCGCUGGCUCCUUCCCGCACCAGGUCGUCACGGGGCAGACCUACACCAGCAUCGCCGCCCAGUACAACAACCUCACCGUGUAA